CCCCCCCCCGCAAUCAUGUGACGGGCAGCUUCUCACGUGACUCAGUUCUGGGCUCCUGCCUCGAGAGACAGGCUGCGCUGCGAUGGGGCUGCUGGACUGCCGGUGCCUCCUGCUGGCGCUGCUCCAGCUGCCCGCCUUGCUCCGCUUGGACGCCGCCGCCGCCGCCGCCGCCUUCGGGUGGGCUCCGGAGCCGGACCAGCUUUUCCAGAUCCCGGAGGGAUGGAGCUGUCUGGGUCGAGUGGCUGCCUCGGAGGCACUGAGCCUGACCUUCGCCCUCCGGCAGCAGAAUGUGGGGCGCCUGGAGGAGCUGGUGCAGCGAGUCUCCUCUCCAGACUCUCCAGAGUAUGGCCGGUUCCUGUCUCUGGCGGAGGUGCAGGCCCUGGUCGCCCCCUCCCCGCAGACGCUGAAUGCCGUUCGCAAGUGGCUGGAGGCUCACGGGAUCUGGGACUGCACAGACGUGGGCACCAAGGACUUCUUGCAGUGCCAGGUGCCAGCCGGCACGGCAGAGCAGCUCCUCCCGGGGGCCCAGUUCCAGCGCUACGUCAAUGGGGAGCGAAGCGUCGUGAGGUCUCCCUUUGCCUACACCUUAGCAGAGGAGCUGGCGGAGCACCUGGAUUUUGUGGGGGGUCUUCACCGCUUCCCUGCCGAGAGGAAGGCAGUGAGUAGGGCCUGGACUGCCGGGAAAGCGCUGCUCUCCACCUUUCACCUGGGGGUGACGCCGGCUGUGAUCCGCCAGAGGUACAACCUGACUGACAAGGACGUGGGCAGCUCCUGCAACAACAGCCAGGCCUGUGCCCAGUUCCUGGAGCAGUACUUCCACCAAGCGGACCUGGCAGAGUUCAUGGGUCUCUUUGGGAAGAGCUUCCCGCACCAUCUGCGCGUGGACCAGGUGGUCGGGCACCAGGGCUGGGGCAAGGCCGGCCUGGAAGCCAGCCUGGACGUGGAGUACAUCAUGAGCUCCGGGGCCAACAUCUCCACCUGGGUCUUCAGCAACGGUGGGAGGCAUGAGAGCCAGGAGCCUUUCCUGCAGUGGCUGCUUGUGCUCAGCAACAUGUCUGCCCUGCCCUGGGUGCACACGGUCAGCUACGGGGACGACGAGGACAGCCUGUCCCGGGCGUACAUGGAGCGGGUCAACGUGGAGUUCAUGAAGGCAGCCGCGCGAGGCAUGAGCAUCCUCUUUGCCUCAGGUGACUCUGGAGCAGGUUGUCGGUCAGUCCACGGAGGGAAGCACACCUUCCGGCCCAGCUUCCCAGCCUCCAGCCCAUACGUGACCACAGUGGGGGGGACGUCGUUCCAGCACCCCUUCCUGGUCAGUGCCGAGGUCACGGACUCCAUCAGCGGGGGAGGCUUCAGCAAUGUCUUCCCGAUGCCAAAGUACCAGACAACAGCUGUGAAGCGGUUCCUGAGCACGACCUCCAAGCUGCCACCGUCCAGCUACUACAACAAGACGGGCAGAGCCUACCCAGACCUGGCCGCUCUCUCCGACAACUACUGGGUGGUCUCCAACCGCAUCCCCAUGCCCUGGGUCUCCGGCACCUCGGCCUCGACUCCUGUGGUGGGGGGCAUCAUAGCUCUGAUCAACGACCGGCGCCUCCAGCGAGGGCAGUCCCCCCUGGGCUUCCUCAACCCCGCCCUCUACCGGCUCCAGGAGAAGGGGAACAGCACUGCCCUCUAUGACGUGACCACGGGCUGCCACUACUCGUGUCUAGAUGAAACUGUGCAGGGCCAAGGAUUCUGCGCAGCUCCUUCCUGGGAUCCCGUCACCGGCUGGGGGACGCCAAACUACCCAGAGCUCCUGUCUGCCCUGCUGGGCUAGGCGGCCACAUCACACUUGCAGACAUCCAUGGCGCUUGGCCACUCAACAGCCGGGGGGAGCUGUGUGGGUUGGGAAUCUCAGGCUGCAAGAUGGAGGCAGGGGGCAUUUCAGAGGGCCUCCCCCCGCCUCCACUGCAGGACCAAAAAGUGUGCAUUGGCCUAACAGUGAAAGCAGAAAUAUGCAAACAUUCAUCUCUGUAAAUCUAUAGUGGUACGUCGGGAGGAGAAGGUGCAACUAAAAGCUAACAGUCUAAAUUGUGUUUUGCGUGUGAAAUACCUUGACGUGCAAAGGGUUGUGGUGUUUCUCUUAGCAAAUGUGAGAACUGUGCAUCUACAGCAACACAAGAGAAGUCCCAUUGCUGGCAAAUCAGGUAGGGGGAGGGGUCACAGAGUGUGCCUUUCUGCACUUAAAGGUCUGAUGUACCCCCCCCUCCCCAUACUCUCAGGAUGAAGUCCUGCCUCUAGGAAACUGAACUCCAUAGCCAAAUGCUCUUGAUCAGUUCUUCACAAGCUCCAACUGGAAACUACCUCAUUGGAGUGAGGAUGGGGGUUGCCCUCCCUCUGUUGGCGCUGUGUCUCCCGGACCCACUCAUGGGGGGCCCACAAAAUGCAACGCCAGCUCAGUCCCUCUCCUCUAGGCCACAGCUGCUCCCUAAGCAGAAGGCCUUGCUUGGGUCCUGGUCCCGAUCCUGUCCCACCUGCAGGAACUGCUUUGCCAGCACUACUUGGGCACCGUUUGCAGGUUGGGGGAUUUUUGGGUGGAGGGAGCCCAGUUCAGUGCCUCCAUUGCCUGGAAAUCUUUGCCAGGCAGCCCCCCCCCCGCCCUUCUUUCCCUCCUGCUCCAAGGUCAAUGGAGGCAGCACUUCUUUCCCCACCCCCUAAUUUGCACUAGAGCAUUUAAUGUGGAAACACGGAUAUUCUUCCUCCAAUAAUGGAUUUAUAUAUUCAGCUUUGAUAAUUCUAAAUACAAUUACCGGUACUUAUG